CGGCGGGCGCGCGUUGCCAUGGGGACGCGGCGCGCGCCGGCGCAGGGGGGCCGUGGCCUAACGGUUUCCCAACGGCUCGCGGCGCGGCGGCGGCCCGCGGCCCCCGAGAUGGGCAGCACCCUGCCGGCCGUGGCGGAGGAGCUGCUGCGGGAGAUCCGCAGGGCCUUCGAGCAGGCCUCGCACGUUCCUGAUGACUUGCUCCUGGGACUGAAGUUCAUAUUUGGCCCAUCUGCUGUCCCAGCUUUGGAUUUGGUGGAUCAACGUUCUGUCACCCGAGUUGUGUCCCCUAGUGGAAGGACUGCAUACCAGGUCCUUGGGAGCUCAGGCAAACUCUAUACCUGCUAUAGUUCCUGCCACUUCUGCACGUGUCCUGCUUUUGGUUUCAGUGUACUGCAGAAGAGCGAGAGUCUUCUGUGCAAACAUAUACUUGCCGUCUACCUCAGCCGGGCCAUGGGAGCAUGCCAGGAACUAACCGUCUCUGAGGAGCAGCUCACAAACAUCUUACUGGCCGAGGAAGAGGAAGAAGGAUGAAGGAUUUGGAUCACAUGCAGGUGUGCUUUCGGUGUACCCUUCCAACUGCUCUGAGAGGUGUAGCUGGCGUUCUUGCUGUCUACAAGGCUGUCAAAUGUUCAUUUUGGCUGGUAGGUUUCUUUCUGUGUUGCACCCAAGCAUGACAUUAAAUAGUAGCCUUGCACUGAUGGACUAAUUAAUAAAUGUUGAGAAGGCUCAGCAUGAGCAGAAA